AUGGCCCCAAUAUGCAUAUCCAUGUACUUGAAGGGGAGAUUGGAUACCUUACACCCCAAGAUAUCUGCAAAACACUCCAUAUCGUCCCACAAAGGAAACAGUUCAGAUUUAGUCAAGUUAACCAGAGAUGGUUUAGAAAUUAGAGGAAUGGAGGCACUCAAUACAACUGAUAAACUGAAAGUUAACCAAAACUGUCGGUUCCAUAUGAAACCAACAAGGAAAAUUGAAAGAUUCUAUGCAGCAGAGGUUUUGUUGGCUCUUGAGUAUCUGCACAUGCUUGGUGUUGUUUAUAGGGAUUUAAAACCUGAGAACGUUCUUGUUCGUGAUGAUGGCCAUAUAAUGCUCUCUGAUUUUGAUCUUUCUCUAAGGUGUGCAGUUUCCCCGACAUUGAUAAAAACCUCAUUUGAUUCUGAUCCAUCUAAACGGGGAGCUGGUGUCGCAUUUUGUGUUCAGCCUGCCUGUAUUGAGCCAUCAUCAGUGUGUAUCCAGCCUGCCUGCUUUAUACCUCGAAUAUUUCCUCAAAAAAACAAGAAGAAAAAUCGUAAGCUUCGAACUGAUCUUGGGUCGCCAUCUAGUACACUUCCAGAGCUUGUUGCAGAGCCUACUGCAGCACGGUCCAUGUCCUUUGUGGGAACCCAUGAAUAUCUAGCCCCUGAAAUUAUCAAGGGGGAAGGACAUGGCAGUGCUGUUGAUUGGUGGACUUUUGGCAUCUUUUUGCACGAGUUACUUUACGGCAGAACACCAUUCAAAGGCUCUGGAAACCGUGCCACACUGUUUAAUGUGGUUGGGCAGCAGCUUAGAUUCCCUGACUCACCAGCCACUAGUUAUGCUAGUCGUGAUUUAAUCAGGGGCUUGCUAGUGAAGGAGCCACAACACAGGCUUGGAGUGAAGAGGGGUGCAACUGAGAUCAAGCAGCAUCCUUUCUUUGAAGGUGUAAAUUGGGCACUAAUUCGCUGCAGCACACCUCCAGAGGUCCCGAGACCAGUAGAAGCCGAGCUGCCUGGUAAAUUUGGGGCAGUAGAGCCAAUAGGUGUCGGCAGCAAUAGUAAAAGGAUGGUGGGCACGGAUAUGAAACCCGGAGGUAAAUAUCUGGACUUCGAGUUCUUCUAGGUAUAAGUAAAUAGAUUGUUGUGGUGAUUUAUGUUGGUAUCAUUAGUUGAUCGUGUUAGAAUUAUGGUGAUUAAACAGCCAGAAAUCCGUGUCAAUUGGAAAAUCAGUAGUUGAAGUUUUAUAAAAUAUGCUGGGUUUCCAAUGGUUGAUGGAUCACACCAUCAUCCGAUGUUUACGCUUCACAACUAAAUUGGGGUAAAUCCCCAAUUUAUUUAUUUAUUAGAGCUAAUGUUGUCGAUCCAGUUCUACACACAAAUUUUACCUUUUUCUCA